GUCAGAUUGGUUGUAAAGAUGGUGUCACACUGUCUCUCUCCAGGGGGUGAUGGAAUGGAUAAUAACAAGCACAGGUUUUUAUGCCCUCUGACACACAGACACACACGGAAGUGCUGACAGUAUGCUGUUUAGGGAUUGGCUGGUAGUGAUGUAAUGCCCUCUCAAUAAUGAAUGCCUGAAAGACAGUAUAAGACACUAAGCCAUCUGGGGAGUAAGGGAGAGGGCAAUCGAUGGGCCAGUGAGAGGAAGAGCCGAUGAGAGGAAGAGCCGAUGAGAGGAAGAGCUAGUGAGAGGAAGAGCCAGUGAGAGGAGAAAAGAAUGGCAUAAAGAGGCUACAUUGCAAACAAAAAACUCUUAAUCAUAGUUUCCACCAGGGAAGGGAAGGGUGGAUUAAUCCUGGGGUGGGUUCACAGGCACAGAAACAGCUGAAGCUAUGCAUGGCUUUGUUGUCAUCACAUCUUGCUAUCUGCGAUGAGGCACACAGCGGACUAGCCUCAUAGCCAGACUCCUGGAGUGUGGUAGAGGGAAAUGUACUGUACAUGCCUGAGGAUAUUUCUGUGCUGAGGCCUGAAGUUGUCCCCUUCUGAUGACAUCACUUUAGGUAUAUGAGGAACCCUCCAUCCUGCAGCAACACUUCUUCCUACUUGUGGAUUCAGUCUUCCCACUCUCAGAUUGAUCAAGAGUGAGCCAUCAGCUGGUGUGAAGGGCAACUUGCCACACAAAGCUACGCCAUAAGAGUUCUUGCCAGCUACUCCAUUUAGUGUGUCAACUUCAAGCCUUUAGCCCCAUUAGCACUGCCCCUGUAGCUAUUUCAUUAACAGAGCCUAGCUGAAGAGGAGAUUUCUGGAAGGAGUGUUUGCCUUCGGGGAAACACCAGCUGGUCGAUCUACCUCUCUCUGGGGCUCAGACAGCAGAUGCUCCGUCGGCGAGGCCCAGAGACGCUUGGAUCAUCUCCUCCAUUCCCGGCGCAGACCCCCAGAGAACUCCUCCACGCCCCCUGAGACCAUCCACACGGGGCCCAGCCUGGGAGAUCCAUGGAGGGGCUGGAGGUGGAAGACAUCAGCCCUGCCCUGGAGGCCACGGAGGACUUCAUCCACUGCCUGGAUGGGGGCCAGGGUGGAGGUUGUCAGAGCCAGGCUAAGGAACAACACGGCAUAAGGCAAGCCAAGCUGCAGGAUGUGUCCUCCUCUGCCCUGGGGAAGCUCAGCUCCAGCGGGGUGUGGGGUCUGCUGGCGAGGGAGCAGGUGGAGGUUGGCCCCCGGAGCCUGGCUUGGUCCGACCAGCCCUCUGCCUUCAGUGUGCUGGGCCUGAGGCACGGCAAGAGGAGCCGGGCACGCUCGACCAACGACUUGGCCGCCCACACCAAGGACGGCAACAACACUUCCUCCUCCAACGCAGCCUUCCAACGCGGGCACAACCGCUCCCGCUCCGACAUCAACUACAGACCGUCAUACACUGAUAACGGUCUGCCAGCCGUAGACAAGAACACGCUGAAGAACAUGGCACUGGAGGACCAGAGAGGAGCUCACAAGGACAGCAGCAGUGGCAGCGUGGUGAAGCAGGGGCCGAUGGAGCACCGCGAGGGGCCCAAGGGGCGCUGGGGCGCCUGCCACGUGGAGCUGACCCCCUGCGAGCUCCGCCUCUACGACCUGGACAGCAGCGCCAACCGGCAGCUGGGCACCGCCUACUCCCUGUCGCACUGCCAGAGCGUGGGCGGGCCGCCCCAGGCGCAGGACCGCCGCGUCCUCCAGGCUCUCUUCUUCAACAGCACCCGCCUGCAGCUGCGCGCCUCCUGCCAGUGGGAGGCGCUGGACUGGCGCCGGCUCAUCUGGGAGAGGGUGCUGGCCGCGAGGCCCCCCGCCCGCGCCGACAACCAGCCGGCCGAGGCGCCGCCCACCCCCAUGUCGCCCUCCUCCCCCUCCUCCUCCUCCGGCCUGGACCUGCGGCUCGACGGCGACAGCCCGCCUCCCGGGGAGGAGCCCCCGCCGCGGGCCGCCCCGGCCCGGCCCACCGCCCUGCCCCUCUUCACCCAGCGCUGUGCCGACGUGCUGAAGGCGGGGCUGCUCCACCAGCUGACCGACCUCAACAACUGGCGGGCGUUCACCUUCGUGCUGAGCCGCUCCUCGCUGCGGGCCUUCCCCACCGAGGGCCGGGGCCCCGUGUCCGAGCCCGUCCUCCGCUACCAGCUGGCCUCCUGCCUGGCCGUGCAGCGCCACGAGGACCAGGACGCCGCCACCACUACCUCCGGCCCCGGCACCUCGGCCCGCUUCCAGGUGGUGUUCCCCAGCGAGGUACUGCAUCUGCGAGCGGAAAGCCAACCCAAGGCCCAGGACUGGAUAGAGGCCCUGCGGCGGGCGGUGGAUGUCCAGCGGCCCCAGGGGGAGGACGGGGGGGCGCUGCUGAGGAGCAGGCCGGCCAGGGAGAGGAGGCACAGGGAGGCCCAGAGGGCCAAGCGCCAGUCGGUCACCACCAGCUUUCUCAGCAUCCUCACCUGCCUGGCUGUGGAGAAGGGGCUCACCACCCAAAGCUUCAGGUGUGCAGGUUGCCAGCGCCCGGUGGGAUUGUCUCGGGGCAAGGCCACGGUGUGCUUCUACAGUGGCUGGUACUACUGUCAGAGCUGCCACCAGGACAACCUCUUCCUCAUCCCUGCCCGCCUGCUGCGCAACUGGGACACCAGCAGACACAAGGUGUCGAAGCAGGCGAAGGAGUUCCUGGAGUUUGUGUGGGAGGAGCCCCUGCUGGACGUGCGUCAGCUGAACCCGUGCCUGUACGAGCACAGCCCGGGCCUGGCCGCCGUGCUCCGACUCCGCCAGCAGCUCCAGUCCCUGCGGGCCUACCUGUUCAGCUGCCGUGCUGCCGUCGCCGAGGACCUGCGGCGCAGGAUCUUUCCCAGAGAAUACCUGCUCCAGCACAUUCACCUGUACUCACUGGCUGACCUGCAACAGGUGAUCGAUGGGAAGAUGGCUCCCUUCCUGUCCAAGGUCAUCAAGUUCGCCAGCUCCCACGUGUACAGCUGCAGCCUGUGCAGGGAGAAGGGCUUCAUCUGUGAGAUGUGUCAGAACGGACAGGUCAUCUACCCUUUCCAGGAGAGCGCCACCAAGAGGUGCGAGGGCUGCGGAGCCGUGUUCCACACCGAGUGCCGCCAGCGCGCCCAGCCGUGUCCCCGCUGCGUCCGCAGGGAACUCCACAAGAGGCCCUCCUCCUUCUGGAGCUCUGACGACCACACCCCCGGCUGCUUCGAGCUGCCCUACCAGGACACCUGAUCUCUCCACCCCCCCCCCACACACACACACACACAUGCACGCACACACACAAACGCGCGCUCUGAGACCCGCACGCACACACACACUCUCACACAUAGGACCGUAGGGCAUCCCGUCUCCACCGGGCUGCUAUUUACAAAGUCAAAUGAAGCGUGUGCUUGUGGAGGGUCCCUGGCCCGCACGCGCUGAUGACGACCCCGCGGAGCCAGGAGCGUGUGUGACACACCUGGGGUGAGGAAGCACCUGACCCUUCCCCGGUCUCUCAGGUGUGGAGAGAUGGACACAAACCUUCUACUGAGGAACCUGAACCUUUUCUCCCUGUUUAACCUGGGCUUUCAUCUAUAGAGGGCCUACUACUAGUACUAUGAUAUAUAUAUAUAUAUAUAUAUACACACACUCUCUAAGGGAAAUAAGGCCUAGACCCCUCCAGAAUGACUCUGCAGCUGUAUGUUCUGCCAGCCGACUACACACACACACACACCUGAGGGCAUGACCGGCCCAGACAACCCAGCAGAUGGUUGUGAGCGGAGAGCAACAGCUGGUACCAGAGACUGUAUGAUGUCAUCAUCUGUCUUCAUCUCGAGGACCCGUGUGACCUAGAUAUGACCUCUAGCCCCCCAGACCACCCUGGCCCUCCUGUCUGUCUGCUUGUCUGUCUGCCCAUGUUCUCAGCUGGGUCCAGUGGAUGGGGUUGCUCGUUUGAUUAGCACUGGAUGCUGAUUUAAAC